AUGGAGCUUACUGGCUUGAAAGGUGAUGGCUGUGGUGAACAAAUCAAUCCUCCAGAUUUUAACAAAACGUUCAAGAUUAACAUGGCGGAAAUUACAGUUUUCAACCGAGAUAUUUAUAAUCUUGUUCAAGAUCUUGAAAUAAUAAUAGGCAUGGCUAAGCAUUUGCCGAGGCAGAAUCAGAGAGUAUAUCAAGCUUUAUUUACAGCUAAUCAUGCUGUCAAUAUUUGUUCUGAUCGGAAGGAAGAUUCUGUAAAGACGGCAUUACAGGUAACAAAAGCGUUUCUAGCUGAAAAGAAUGGCGGAUCUCAACAUACAAUCCAUGCGAUGGGUCACUGUCAUAUAGACUGUGCAUGGCUAUGGAGAUACGAUUGCACAAUUAGGAAAUGUGCUAGAAGUUGGAGUUCAACUUUGUUGUUGAUGGAACAAUAUCCAGAUGUCACUUUUACGUGUUCCCAGGCGCAACAGCACCAGUGGGUAAAAGACAAAUAUCCUCAGCUAUACAAGAAAAUACGCGAAGCCAUAAAAUCCGGCAAAUUUAUACCAGUAGGUGGCAGUUGGGUUGAAAUGGAUGGAAAUUUACCAAGCGGGGAAUCAUUCGCAAGACAAUUUCUGUAUGGGCAACGAUUCUAUCAAGAGGAAUUUGGUCGUAAAUGUACUGAGUUUUGGCUUCCUGAUACCUUUGGCUAUACUGCACAGCUACCACAGAUGGUAAAAUCAGCUGGCAUGACUAGGUUUGUCACCCAGAAGCUUUCUUGGAAUGCAGUAAAUAAAUUUCCACAUCACACAUUUAUAUGGGAAGGUAUUGAUGGCACAGAGAUACUGUCACAUUUUCCCCCUGGUAACAAUUACCAUAUGCUUGGCCAUGUGCACGAGGUUGUGAUGACAGUGAACAACUUUGAGGACAAAGGUCGAUCUAACUCAUCUAUGUAUCUCUAUGGAUACGGUGAUGGGGGAGGUGGUAUCACUGAAAAUCAGAUUGAAAGAAUUCACAGAAUGAGUGAUGUUGAUGGCCUUCCAAGGAUGGUAAUGUCUUCACCUGCCAAAUAUUUUGAAUAUGUUGAACAAAAUGAAAAGGACAACUUAUGUCGAUGGACAGGAGAAUUGUUUUUGGAGUUUCAUCAAGGCACAUACACAUCACAAGCUAAGACGAAAUUGGCAAACCGUAGAUGUGAACAGUUGUUGCAUGAUGUGGAAUUUUUGUCCUGCAUUUCGCUGUUAGAAAGUUCUACUUUUAGAUACCCCAAGGAAAAACUGAACAGCAUUUGGAAAAAUGUAUUGUUAAAUCAGUUCCAUGAUGUUCUGCCUGGUAGUUCCAUUCAAGCAGUAUACGACGAUGCAAUGAAGAUUUACAAAGAAUCGAUAGAAAAUCUUAAUUGGUUAAAAGUCGACGUUAUAAAACAUAUUGAAAAGGUGUUGUUGAAACCAGAAAAUACUUCAACAGUACGUCGAGUAUUUAACAAAUAUUGUUGGGAAAGAACUGAAGUUAUACCGAUCGAGAAAAAUGAUAAGUUAUCGAAUAACGGAACAGUUCAAGAAAUAAAGAAUGGUACUUCAUUAGUGAGCGUGUCAGUCCCAGCAAACGGAUACAUUGACUUGAUUAAUACCAACACAAUAAAGAAUCCAGUUUCUGUCCGCAAGGAUGGUGACCAUUUCAUUUUGGAGAAUGGAAUUAUUAAGGCUCAGAUUCUAAAGAAUGGUAAUGUCAAAAGCAUUAUGUUUAAGAAAAAUUCACGGGAAACAAUUAAAACGGAUUGUGUAGGAAACCAGUUCGUAUUAUAUGAUGAUGUACCAAAUAAAUGGGAUGCUUGGGAUGUCAAUCAUUUUCACUUAGAAACAAGAACUGUUUUGAACAACGUACAGGAAGAAGCCUGUAUUUCAGAAAGAGGGCCUUUACAAGCCUCGAUAGAGUUUCAGAUAGGAAUAUCACAAAACAGCACAAUUAAACAAGUAAUCAGUUUAGAUGCAGACAGUCCAUAUCUUAAAUUCAGUACAACAAUUAACUGGUAUGAAAAUCGAAAGUUUUUGAAAGUCGAAUUCCCUGUAAAUGUUCGAAGCGAUGAGGCAGCAUAUGACAUUCCUUUUGGCUUUAUAAAGAGGACAACAAGACCAAAUACUUCGUGGGAUUGGAGCAAGUUUGAGGUAUGUGGACAUAAAUGGGCAGAUCUGUCCGAAUAUGAUUGGGGAGUUGCUAUUAUUAAUGACUGUAAAUACGGACAUAUGAUACAGCACGACGUCAUUUGUUUGUCUUUAUUAAAAGCAGCAAAGCAACCGGAUCCUGAAGCAGAUAUGGGAACGCAAACAUUUUCUUAUGCUGUCAUGCCUCAUACAGGAAGUUUUCAGUCAGCCCUUGUACAACAAAUUGCUUGCAACUUCAACAACCCUGUGACAGCUACAAUGACAACUGGAUGUCCUUCUUCCAAGACAUAUAUGGAAAUAUCACCAUCUGGUAUUAUUCUAGAAACAAUCAAAAUGGGUGAGGACGAUAUGAAAAGCAUAGUUCUGCGAAUGUUUCAAUCAUAUGGUGGCCGAACAGAAACUUCCUUGAAAUUCAAUUUUAAGGUCAAAACAGCAUUCAGAUGCAAUAUCUUAGAAGAGAAAGAAGAAAAACUGGACAUUCGUCAGAAUAGAAUUUCCAUAUUUGUCAAACCGUUUGAAAUUGUAACAUUACUUUUGCAUUUUUAGGAAUGUUUAAUUACUCUUAGAUUAAUAAAGUAUUCUUUCUAUAAUGAUGCAACAGCUAUUAACCUUAAUUGGGAUAGAGGAUUUAGUACAGUCGUGUUUUUUUUUUUUUUUAUUUUCUUUUAUCAAUUAAGGUAAUGUAAUGUUAUUAAAUAUAUGAAGACUGUUCAGUUAUGUAGAUACAAUGGAUACGCGUGGAUUCUUGAAAAAGAAACCAUGAGCCCGGAGGGCGAAUGGUUUGUUUUUCAUGAAUCUACGCUUAUCCAUUGUAUCUAUAACUUAAACUAUUGUGUUAAUUACUUUUCAAAAUUAAAGCCUUUUCUUAAUUAGAAGGUAUUGUAAGUGAGUUUAAAUAACCAUGUUAUCGUGUCCAACGAUGUAUUGAUAAAUCUCAGAUCACAACUAAUUGGUUAACAAAAUACAAAUAUAGCACUUCUACUUUUAAAGAUCUUUAUAUUAUCAGGCAUCUGAAUAUUAUCUGUUUUUACAAAAUAAGACAUAUUCGAACUAAUUUCUAAUAAAAUUGAGAAUGGAAAUGCGGAAUGUGUUAAAGAGACAACAGCCCGACCAAAGAGCAUAUAUUAAGUAUAUAUAAUAAGUAUGUUACCGAAAUUUCUAGCACUCUAGGCACAUCACGAUUUUCUCGCAUAGGAAUUUGCGAACAAACAUUUGUAAAAUUAU